AUGGAGGCAUUCAAAGCACGGCUCGCAUCCUUCGAGAAGUCAAAACGCGUCAAAUAUACCACAGAAGCUGGCAAGACAGCAACCGUCACGCUCAAGUGGCCGCAUAAGGACGGCAUCCGCGCGACCCCUCACGCUUUAGCCCAGGCGGGCUUUUACUGGAACCCGAGCGCUGAGGACGGGGAAAAGGAUAACGUGCGGUGCUUCCUCUGCGACAAGGAGCUCGCCGAAUGGGGCAGACGAGAUGAUCCCUUCGAUCUGCAUUUCGCGAAGUGUGGACAAGGCGAGUCUGCGUGCCCGUGGGCGGUCGCGCGGUGUGGAAUUGAACAUGACAUGGAUGACGACGGGAACUUCAUCUUCGACUCUUCGGAGCGAUUACCGCGGGGUAAGAUCAUGGAGAAGGCCCGGCUGGAGACGUUCACGAAAACAGGCAUAUGGCCUCAUGACAAGGGCAAGAAUCACGGCGCCAAUUCCAAGAAGAUGGCGCAAGCAGGCUUCGUGUUCUCCCCGCAGACAGCGGGAGACGAUACAGCAACGUGUUUCUACUGUAACAUCUCCCUCAGUGGCUGGGAAUCUGACGACGAUCCGAUGGUCGAGCACCGUAAACGAGAAAAGAAAUCCGGGCCCUGCCCAUUCUUCUCAUCUCCCGCUCCUGCGCUUGCCAAAUCCACGUCAAAGAGCCAAUCGUCUCGGAAGUCCACCGCUCUAAGCUCUAGAGCCGGUUCUGCAGCGCCAAGCACGAAAACGCAGUCCCGCUCCUCCCGACGUCCUACAACAGUAGAACCGGACAUAGAGGAGGAGGGCACUUCUCCUGAUGAAUUGGCGCCUUCAACCCGAUCCUCGCGCAAGGCUCAAGGUUACGCCGCCCUCGUAACCAAAACUCCAGCGACUAAAAGCAGAACCGCCAGCCGAUCGACGAAGCAGGCUCCUUCCGAUUCAGAGCGGGAAGGAGACGAGCUCAUCCUACAGGAUGGCAAGGGCAAGGGUGAAGUCGAGAGGAAAGCCUCCACUGCAAAAGCGAAAACGCCCAAAGAAACGCAAAAGCGUAAGGGCAAAGCGUCGAAGGCAUCGGAUUCAACCGCAGAGGAAGAAGACAACAUCAGGGUUCUGCGGAAGUCCACACGUGGACUGUCAAAUACCGCCCGAGGCAGAGUUGCAGAAUCGGACCUUGAGAGUGUGCGUGAGGAAGAAGACAUCGAGCCGGCUCAAGGACGUGCAUCAAGAUCGCGGACCGCCAAAGGGCGCGUCUACGUUGACGCGCCGGAUGAGGAGGUCGCGCCUGUAGAGCCUAAGCCCAGGAAGGCUAGGGGCAAGUCGCUGGCGCGUUCCAAGUCGAAGGCCAAACUCAAGGACGAGGAAGAGGAAGAGGAAGAGGAAGGGCAAGUCGUCGUUCAGGAGAACGGAAAGGCAGGUACCAGAAAGGCCGGGAGCAAGUCGCUUGCACGUUCAAAGUCGAAGUCCAAAAUGAAGGAGGAGGAGGAGGAGGAGGAGGAGGAGGAGGAGGAAGACGUGGUUCAGGAUAGCGGAAAGGCCGCACGAUUGAAAAAGUCUACUCGUGCUAAACCGCGGGCCGCGUCUGAUCGACCUUCCGAGCCCGAAGAACCCCCUCCGAGAGCAAGUGUUCCUCCAAAAGCCAAGGCCAAGACUAUCUCUCGCACAAAAUCCCGCGCGAACCUGCGACACGAGUCAGAGGACGAGACCAAUGAGGUUGACCACAGCGAACGAACGAUGCAAAAACCGAAGAAGAAAACAACUAAGGCUACGCGCGGCCGGUCUCCAUCGCCUGAGUCCCAGGAAGCAGAAAGACCGCUCAAGGUCGGCCCACCGAAAGUAUCUUCCCGGAUAAUGUCAAAGGACCAUCAGGUUUCUGAGCCCGAGUCGGCAGUUAUCUCAGCAGCUGAAGACGCGGACGAAACCAUCGUCCUGGCGAAGUCCACUCGGGAGUUGCCUAUGCCUAGGAAAGCUGUUGAAGAAGCUGGAAACCAUGCACCGGUGCCUUUGCCCGCCAAGGGCUUGUCAACGCGAUCCAGCACCGAAGCCGCUGCGGCCUCUGUUCGUGCUCCAUCAAUGAACAUCGAUGAUCUGGACGAGGCGUUCCAGUUCAACGCUGCUGCAGCACCCCAGGAGCCUGCUGCGGAAGUGCAACGCAAGGAGAGAGGGACCAAGCCGAGAUCGCUCAUGGUUGGGGGCAGGGUCGAGCAGCCCCCUGCACCCAAGCAACACGAGAGCACUGAGCGCUCCAAUGCUGCUUUGCUUGCCUACACGAUAUCGCAAUCGAUGAACCGGAGCGUCAAUUCCAGCCGCGCGAGUUCUAAUGAGCCGUUGUCCACAGCUACGCCCCCUGCUGAGACGGAAUCCGAUAUAUUGCAAGAAUCGGGCGACGACCAGGAUGGCGCAACGGAGGCCCUGAAAGAACGCGUCGAAACGGGAGCUGAAACCCGAGAAUUCUUCCCUGCCUCCUUUGCACACCAACCGACCCAGGCUGACGUCGGCGUUGCCCGGAAAAUGGUCCUUCCACCCGCCAAUCCAACUGUGAUCAGAGUCAAACCAGCCCCCAGCCAAGUCGGUGAUGGACCGCCCAGAGAAGAGGCCAUACCCGCCAAUGUAGGGGCCACCCUACCUGCGCCUGAGAUCCCUGCACCGCGGCCGACGAUCGAGAAAGAUACACAUCCGUUGGUAGAGGAUAUGAUCGACCUUUCGAUCCCGCCACUGGCAAAGGUCGCUCCUUCCAGGAUAGCUGUGUUGACGGAGUCGGAACGUAAUAUGACGGUCGAAGAGUGGAUACGCAAAGAAAUUGAGAGGGAGUAUGGACUCCUCAAAGCAGAUGGCGAGCGACGAAUAGCAGAUUUCAAGCGACGUGCCAGGGAAGCCCGAAGUAUCAUCGAGUCGCUAUAGCUUUCAGCAGGGUGGGACCGGUGAGGAGACAGACCCCUUCGCUUCUGUCAAUGCUGUUGGUUAUUGCAGACGGACUUGACGCAAUCACGCAUGAUUAUAUCCGCCCCUUAUCUAUAGAUGGACUUCGAAACGAAUCCUGAACAUGGACUCCAAUUCAUUCAAUGCGCAUGUUUUCACUCGCGUCUGUACCGAUACCAGAUGUGUUUCAAC